GUUCACUUGGACUGGGGCCUUGCGCACGUCUCGGAUUUGACUAACUAACCAUGGCUGCCCCUUGUUAAUCGAGUCGAGAGCGGCGGAAGGCUUCUUCUUCUUCUUCUUCUUCUUCUUCUUCCGUGUCAAUGGAGAUUCGGAGCAGCCACCACCCGGAGGAGGCGACCGGCAGUCUAAUGAGGCCGGGAUCAGACUACCCGCCGGGACUGCUGCAGCGAGGAGGAGCGGCUGCGGCUGCGGCGCACCGGCGGCAGUUCCAGCCCAUUCCGGCGCCCUUCAUGUCAUUCAGGCCGCCGCUUGCUGACACGCCGGCGCCCCAUCAUCAGGGGCAGCUCCGGUUCCACGGCCACGGCGGACCCAGGCCGUAUCACCGGCCGCAGCCGCCGCCGGGGAGCAACCCAGGUGCCGCGGAUGGCGCCGCGUCCACAACUCAGCAGCGUUUCACCGCCAACAGUGCCGUCUAUAGGUCUGCGGUUGGCGUCUACGCCCCAAGCCGGCGCAUAUGGAAUCCCAAGUCAACACUCAUGACUAUGUUCUACAACGGCGCCGUCAACGUGUUCGACGUCCCGGUGGACAAGGCCCAAGAGAUUAUGGUAUUAGCAAGCAGGGCAUCUGUUUCAACCCCACCCAGACCCACUGAAAUUCAGAAAUCAGGCUCCCAUGUCCCUGCCAAUACCAGAUUUGCAGUGCCCGACCCGAGGAAGGCCUUUGCAACUAACGUAUCCACCAUUUCAAGUCGAAUCCCCGCUGUGCCACAAGCUCCGACGCACUCCAGGAGCACGCCGUCAGGCUACCAAAAUUACACUCCAGCUCCGACGACAUCUUCAGUCGCACCAUCAUCAGUUGUUCCUCCGGUAAGUCGAGCAUCUUCAGCGCAACGACCGAUGCAACAAGCAUCUUCAGUUGCCGUCGCAGAACCUAUUAGGCCAAUAGCUGUCCGUCAAUCUCGGAAAGCAUCUCUUGCCCGAUUCUUGGAGAAGCGAAAAGAAAGAGUUUCAAGUGCCACGCCAUACCAGUUGUCAAAGAGCCCGCUAGAGAGCAGCGGCAGCUUGGGCAGUGCGAGCACUCCAAGCAGGUUAUCUAGCGCAGACAAUGCUCCACCCAAUAACAACUGCCAGGAGUCUAUGAGCUAUGUUAGCAAUGACGCUAUGUUGGCAAUUCCCCAUAGGGUGGUUAUAGAGUUGGAACUUUCGUCCGCCAUGUCCAUGGAGAUUGGAAGCAACCACCACCACCACCACCAGGGGGACGAGACUGGCGAUCUAAUGAAGCCGGACUCAGAAAACCCCCCGGGACUGCUGCGAGGAGGAGCGCCUGCCACGAACCGGCGGCAGUUCCAGCAGGCCAUUCCGGCGCCCUUUGUGUCAUUCGGGCAGCCCACCGCCAACACGCCGAUGCCCCAUCAUCAGGCGCAGCUCCGGUUCCACGGCCACCACGGCGGAUCCAGGUCGCCGCUCAAGUCGCCUGGGAGCAACCCUAGUGCCGCCGAUGGCGUCUCGUCCAGAAAUCAGCACCGUUUCACCGCCAUCGGUGCCGCCGUGUCCAGGUCUGCGGUUGGUGUCUACGCCCCAAGCCGGAGCAUACGGAAUCCAAAGUCAACACUAAUGACUAUGUUCUACAACGGCGCCGUCAACGUGUUCGACGUCCCGGUGGACAAGGCCCAGGACAUUAUGGUUUUAGCAGGCAGGGCUUCUGUUUCAAGCCCACCCAGUGCAGUCCAGAAAUCUGAUUCUCUUGUCCCGGCCAAUACAUCAGGAUUUCCGGUGCCCGGGGCGAGGAAGAUUAUAAUUCAGAAACCAGGAGAGACCAUGGCACCUCAUGUAUCAGUCAUUUCAAGUCCGAUCCCCGUCGUGUCACAAUCUCCGACGAUCUCCAAGAGCACGCCAGGCUACCAAAAUUGCACUCCAGCUCCGACGACAUACUCAGGCAUACCAUCAUCAGUUGUUCCGCCGCUAAGUAAUGCACCCUCAGCUCAACGGAUGCAACAAGCAUCUACUGCUGUUGCAGCAGCUAUUAAGCCAAUUGCUGUCCAUCAAUCUCGGAAAGCAUCUCUAGCCCGAUUCUUGGAGAAGCGGAAAGACAGAGUUUCAAGUGUCACGCCAUACUCAUUGUCAAAGAGCCCGCUAGCGAGCACCGGUACCUUGGGCAGUGCGAGCACUGCAAGCAAGUUAUCUCGUGCAGACAUUGCUCCAUCCGGCAACAAUUGCCACGAGUCUAUGAGCAUGGACAUGUACAAUGAUGAUAGCUUAGCAAUGUCCCGUAGGGUGGUUAUUGAGUUGGAAUAAGAGAUAGAAAGAUUUUUCUGUUGUAUGAGGUUAUUUUUUCCUUUAGUUACAUAUUUUCUAGUUUAAUUUUAGUCAGACUGUAUUUUUAGGAGCAUGCUACCAUUAUAAGUUAGAGAUAGCAAUAAGAGAUAACCAAUGUUGUAUACCAUAUUUUUUGUCUUCUCUAGAUGUUUUGCAAUGGAUAAUGGAUCUGUAUUAUACUGCUUGUCUAGCCGGCGCCUCUUAAUGGAAGAGAUGUGCGACGUGUUCGAAGGUGUUACGAAUUUGGCUUGUCCUACCACAAUUAAGAUACACAAUUGUUGCUUAUCGCAAAGCUACAUGUAAGAGGGGAGGAUAACACAUCUAUUUUUUUAACAUUUGCAAAAAAAAUAUUUUUGGUGGGCAGGAGCGUAUGCUCCCAAGAGUCGAAUUGGAUUUCUAGCAAAAAAGAACUUCUCAAACUCGUUUCGCAGACUAUAAAACUUUUGUACAUAUUAUACAACAUAUUCAUCGAUGUUUGGGAGAAUCUAUACUGAUGCCAUGUCGCAAAUAAUAAUUGUCUAACAGUUUUUUCUUGACGCAGGAACAGUAGGACAUCAAACUAUACAUGAAAAAGAAAAAAGAAAAAGGUGUCAUAUCGUGUAGCACAGUGUUUAGGAAAUAGGAGUCCUUAAAGCUUGUGACAAGCAGAUGUGUUCUAAAAAUGUCCAGUUGAAAAUGAGAUGAC